AUGUCAACAUGCAGUCCACUGCGCGUAACGGUCCGCCGCCGCGUCCUCUCGCUGCGCGAGCUCGCGCACACGUCCGCGUCCGCCUCCCGCCGCGCCCAGACGCGUUCCGUGCGCGAGGAGCCCGAUUUGAGACGAUUCGUGCGGUUUUACCGGACACACCCCGACAAGACGUCGUCCUCGCGCCCUAAUCCCACGCCCGCCCACCGCGCCGAGGCGCAUGCACACGCCCGCCCAUCUCCUAUCCGUCAUUCGCUUGGUGCCGCGCCUCUGCGCGCUGUGGAGCGGCGAGGACGUCGCUCGAGCGGCUCUCGGCCAUGGGGCCACCGUCUGAAGAUGGCCGCGGUGCGCAUCGACGCCGCGUCGGACGGCUUCGCGAACCCGGCGGUGCGCCCGCUGCACCGGGGUGCGUGUGCCCUGCGAGUCUGA